AUGUUUCAGACGUUUCAAGACUGGUUCUGGCUGGAAAGAUUCUGGCUUCCUCCAACAAUAAAGUGGUCAGAUCUUGAAGAUCAUGAUGGACUUGUUUUUGUAAAACCUUCUCAUUUAUAUAUGACGAUCCCAUACGCUUUGGGAUUGGUGGUUAUCAGACAUUUUUUUAACAAGUUUGUUGCCACACCUCUAGCAAAAGCAUUUGGCAUUACAAAAAUGACUCGAAGGAGUGUUAUACCAAAUACUGUCUUGGAGAAUUUUUUCAAAUGUUCCACAAGGCAUCCAUCACAAACUGAUAUUUACGGCCUGGCAAAGAAGUGUAACUUGACAGAGCGCCAGGUUGAAAGAUGGUUUAGAAGUCGGCGGAAUCAAGAGAGACCUUGCAGGGUGAAGAAGUUCCAGGAAGCUUGCUGGCGAUUUAUAUUUUAUUUAAUAAUGACUGUGGCUGGAAUUGCCUUCCUUUAUGAUAAGCCUUGGGCAUAUAACCUAUGGGAGGUCUGGAAUGGUUAUCCGAAACAGCCUUUGCUGUCGUCCCAGUACUGGUACUACAUCCUGGAGAUGAGUUUUUAUUGGUCUCUGCUAUUUAGCGUUGGCUCGGAUAUCAAGAGAAAGGAUCACCUAGCUCAUGUCAUCCAUCAUCUGGCUGCUAUUAGUCUGAUGAGCUUCUCUUGGUGCGCAAAUUAUAUUCGCAGUGGGACCCUCGUGAUGAUUGUGCAUGAUGUAGCUGAUAUUUGGCUGGAGUCUGCAAAGCUCUUUUAUUAUGCCGGAUGGAGGCAAACCUGCAAUUUCCUGUUUUUAGUCUUCUCUGCCAUAUUUUUCAUCAGCCGCCUCAUUGUUUUUCCCUUCUGGAUUUUAUACUGCACGAUGAUCCUGCCCUUGUACUACCUCGAGCCUUUCUUUUCGUACAUAUUCCUCAACCUACAACUCAUGGUUCUGCAAGCCCUUCACCUUUACUGGUGUUUUUUCAUCCUGAAGAUUCUCAAACGAUUUAUGUUUACAACGGAUAUCCACGAUGUGAGGAGCGAUGAUGAGGAAGAAGAAGAGGAUGAAGAAGAAGAGGAGGCACCCAAAGGCAAAGACAUAGACUAUUUGAAGCAUAGCCUUGGGACUGACAGAAACCUCAUUCCUAAUGGUCAACAUGGCCGUUAG